GGGCUCGCUGAGGAGGGGCCGGAAGUCGGGGCGGCGGCGGGAGCGGCCGGGAAAGCCGGGCGGCGGGGCGGCUCCUCAGGCUGGGUCGCCGGGGCGUCGGAGGGAUGGAGCAGGAGGAGAUCCUGAGGCGCUUCAUCCAGCGCGUGAGGGCCAUGAAGGACGCCGAGCGACACGGCGAGGACAACUUCGCCGCCGACUUCAUGAGACUGAGGAGGUUGUCAACAAAAUAUAGAACAGAAAAGAUCUACCCUACCAUCACUGGUGAAAAAGAAGAAAAUGUGAAAAAGAACAGAUAUAAGGAUAUACUGCCAUUUGAUCACAGUAGAGUUAAACUGACGUUAAAAACUCCCACUCAAGAUUCGGACUACAUCAACGCAAAUUUUAUUAAGGGAGUACAUGGACCAAAAGCGUACGUUGCUACGCAGGGACCACUAGCAAACACCGUCAUUGAUUUCUGGAGGAUGAUAUGGGAGUACAAUGUGGCGAUUAUUGUAAUGGCCUGUCGGGAAUUUGAAAUGGGAAGGAAAAAAUGUGAACGUUACUGGCCGCUCUACGGAGAAGAAAGCAUUUCAUUUGGACCAUUCCACAUUUCUUGUGAAGCUGAGCAGGUCAGAACCGAUUACUAUAUUAGAACCCUGCUAAUCGAAUAUCAGAAUGAAUCGCGUCGAGUAUAUCAGUUUCAUUAUGUAAAUUGGCCUGACCAUGAUGUUCCUUCCUCCUUCGAUUCUAUUCUGGACAUGAUCAAUUUAAUGAGAGAAUAUCAAGAACACGAAGACGUUCCUAUUUGUAUACACUGCAGUGCAGGAUGCGGAAGGACCGGAGCCAUCUGUGCGAUAGAUUACACAUGGAAUUUGUUGAAAGCCGGGAAAAUUCCAGAGGAAUUCAACGUGUUUAAUUUAAUACAAGAAAUGAGGACUCAAAGGCAUUCUGCAGUGCAGACUAAGGAACAGUACGAGCUUGUUCAUCGAGCCAUAGCGCAGUUAUUCGAGAAACAGUUGCAAAAAUACGAGAGCUGCGCAGCGUGGAAAAUUGCGGAUGGAUUGAACGAAGUUAACGCCGAGAACGCCACCGUCAGUUCUGGAGACCCGGAGAAGCAGGAUUCCCCUCCCCCGAAGCCACCUCGAACUCGCAGCUGCCUUGUAGAGGGAGACGUGAAAGAAGAAAUUUUGCAGGCCCCAGAGCCCCAUCCGGUCCCGCCCAUUCUAACCCCAUCGCCUCCUUCGGCCUACCCGACCGUGACGACGGUGUGGCAAGACAGUGACAGAUACCACCCCAAGCCUGUGUUGCACAUGGUGUCCUCAGAGCACCCGACCGACCUCAACGAAAAUUACGGUAAAUCCAGGGAAUAUUCAGGGAAGCACGAAUUCCCGGACCCCGCCGACAAAAAGCUGGAACACAACUUGAGUUUCGAAAUUAAGAAAGUGCCCCUUCAGGAAGGACCACGCAGCUUCGACGGAAACCCUCUUCUGAGUCGGGGAAAUGCACUUAAAAUUAAAACGGGCCCGCCGGGCGCAGCAGAGAUGGCCUCGAAACCACAGGAGCGCGGCUCCGGCGAUGCCCCUACGGAGGCCGUCCAGAACCCUUGCAGCGAAUGCAAUCUGCAGCCGGUCACUCCAGUUGCAAUAUCUUUUCUGGAAGGACAUCAGGGCCUUACUACAGAUGUAGUAAGGCCAGACUGUUUGCCCCUUAAUAAAGAGAAGGGACAAGCCAUGUGGUCCUUAGAAGAGACUAAAAACGAGCGUUCCUUCUCCGAGGAGCCACCUUUACCUGUUUUAUGUCGCGAAGUUAAAAAUCUGUCCGUAGACUCGGGUGUGCCAGGUCAGAUGGACACCCCACCCGGGGAACCGGCAGGCCACUGCCACGGUGGCACGCUGCCGGUUAGGGCACCUCUGUGUUUUACCAAUCCCCUGCACUCGGAUGACUCUGACACGGAGGAAAAAAACUCUGAGGGGGACGUGGCACGUAGCCCGUCGAACAGCGUCUCCGUGGCAAGCGCCACGGUUUCCGCGGCGACUAAUACAGAAAACGUUUCUGCGAGAAAAGUGUUGCCCAUGUCCAUCGCGGGGCAGGAUAAUCCGGUCCCAAUGCAUUCCGAAUCUGAUAAAGUCACAGCUUUGCCAAAAAAUCCUGCUCUUCAACAGUCGGCCGAAUGGAAUUUGUUACAAGACCAGAACACCUCCGAACAACCAAAAUGUACAGGAAUGAAAAUCGCUGAGUCUUCACAACUUGAUAACUCAGAGCUGGGAGACAAAUCUCCAACGGAUACAAUACCUCAACCAUCUUCUACCAGUCUAACUCCUAAGGAACCGCCCUUACCAGAGAUUGCAGUUGAGACUACAGAUAUUGGGUUUGGUAGCCGCUGUGGAAAACCAAAAGGACCAAGAGAUCCUCCUUCAGAAUGGACAUGAUGCAAGAACCAAUGGACACAUAUUAAAUUAUACUGGAAAAUUCAAGUGCCACUGAACAAGAUCCGUAGUAUUCCAAUGCUUUAUUUUUUUGGAACAAUCGGUGUACAUAUAGCUACACAAUGGUACACUUUUGUAUACAUCUACACAAAUAUUAAAGAUUCAAAAUGGUGGAUUCUAUACUUCAAACUUAACUUUUUGCUGGGGCCAUCAAUCUGCCUUAUUACAUUUUAAAACAAGUAUUACUUAUGGUUUGUUACUUCAAGUAUUAUUGCCUUAAUGUCUUUUAAACCUGUUAAAACACUGUUUAUAGACAUGUUAAUAUGGUGAAACUUUUGACAAAUUGAGUUUAUGGACAACUUUUUUUGCAAAUGUUUGAUUACCAUUAUUUUGUGUAUGUAUAGGGCAAGCCAGGUAUAUAAUUUGAUAAAGCUGCAAUCAUAAAGUAUUAACAGAAGGUGUAAGAAAUCUCUGCAUGAACUAAAGUUGUGUACCUUGUAAAUUAUUUGCCCUAAUGUUUUAGAAAAUAGUUUUUUUUAAAGAAAAUGUUGGUGCACAUUCAGAAUUACAGAAUAGCAGAGACGAAGAUUGUAAUACAUUUUGUAAAUUGUAAGCAAAAGGUUAUUUUUAUAUUAUAUACUGUUUCAACUGUCA